AUGAGUGUGAGCCAUGCGUCGGUUCACCCGGUGGAAGAUCCGCCCACGACGGACGGCGGGAACAAUAACAACAACAAUGCUCCGGCGAGAGUUCGGAUGAAGGAUUUGCAAGGGAUGCCAGGGACCAAAGGUGGGCUGGCGCUGCGAGUGGCUCAGUUCUUCUUUGCCACCGCGGCUCUUCUUGUCAUGGCUACCACCAGCGACUUCCCUUCCGUCACUGCCUUCUGCUACCUUGUUGCAGCAGCUGGCCUGCAGUGUCUGUGGAGCCUUUCUCUUGCAAUCGUAGACGUAUAUGCCAUCCUAGUGAUGCGCUCCUUGCAGAAUCAUCGAGUUGUCUGCCUGUUCACAAUUGGCGAUGGGGUCACCUCCACGCUGACAUUCGCAGCAGCGUGUGCAUCAGCGGGGAUCACAGUACUCAUAGACAACGACCUCGGCAGCUGCGGGCAGAACCACUGCGUACAGUUCGAAACAGCCACGGCGAUGGCAUUCAUCAGCUGGUUUACAGCAUUGCCCUCAUUUCUUCUCAACUUUUGGUCGCUGGCCUCGAGAUAGCACCGAGUAGUACAAUCACCGUCGUCGUUGCUGCCCUAAUUUCAAGCGAGAGAGUGACCCUGUGUGUUGUAAUCUUCUUAAUUUUUGUUUGUAAAUGAGAACACACAGCAAGUAGUUGAUAAAAUUUGGAAGGUGGGGGUUUACCCCGGAAACAACUCCUUCCACCAGCCAACUUGUUCUACGCUGGAAAUGGACUGUGAAAAGGGAAAAGACAGAAAGGAGCAUUUCACCUGCGUUUUUUUUUUUUUUUUACCCAUCUUCCUUUACUGUUCAGUCAAAACUUACCGCCUGCAGGAGUUUGAUUACUUGUUGUUCUGAAGUGUCAGUUUCAGUUUACAAAAUUGGGGGAUCUGUUCUUUAUGUCUGGCUGUCCUUUCCGGCUUCUGCCAUAUGGAGCAAUGAACAGAGGACUUGGAGUUGGAGAAAGGGAAAGCUACGUUGUUGGUUGCAUUGCAACUGUUGUCGUCUUUGAUGGUGUUAAUGUUGUUUGUGUAGGG